GUUUCUCUUAAAGAGGCCACGAGAUGAUACUCUUCAUUUUGCUGAAUCUGCUGGCAUUUUCGUUCGCUCAAGAUUGUAGUUUUGAGCAAGGAAUAUGUGGUUGGAAAAAAGAUCCCUCAGGCUCUCUGAAAUGGCUUCUCCGUCGAGGAAACACUCCCCAAGGGAAAGGUAACUUUAUGUUUCUGGAAAAAGGCAAGAAAAAUUCUUAUGCUGGUCUCCUUUUCGAGACAUCAAUCAUGAAUAAAUGUCUGUCAUUCUGGUAUAAAAUGAAGGGAGGAAAAGCUGGAGGAAUUAAAUUGUAUGUGGACGAUCGCCUCUUUGAAGAUCUGAAAGCCACCAAAGAUGGUAAAUGGCACAAAGCAACAUUUACCAUCAAUAAAGCAAACAAAAAGAUCGUGUUGAAAGGCGUGAGGGCAAGAAAGAAAGAUUUCGUAGCCAUCGAUGACAUCAUGUUUUCGGAUAGCUGUGGACCGACACCUCCACCGCCAAGCGGUCAACCUUCUCCCCCACCACCUGGAACGUCCCCGCCAGGCGAAUGCGGUAAAGGUCCCAAUGCAAGGAUUGUUGGAGGCCAGGAAGCAAACCCGGGUGAUUGGCCUUGGCAAGCCCUUCUCCAAACCCCGCGCGGUAGUCAGUUUUGCGGUGGAACCUUGAUUCAUCCACAAUGGGUGCUGUCUGCAGCUCAUUGUGUGGAGCGAUCAAAGCCUCAAGAUAUCGUUAUUCGGAUGGGUGCACAUUAUCGAGUGGAAAAAUCUUCCACAUCUAAAAAUGAACAGAAGUUCAAGGUUACUAAAAUCAUUACGUACGAAUCUUACAACAAGCCGUUGCAACUUAGUCAUGACGUUGCCUUAUUGAAGCUCGAGAGUUCCGCCACCCUUAACGAUUUCACCAAUCUCGCCUGCCUACCUUCAACUAAUCCAACUACUGGGUCAUUCUGCGCCAUCACCGGUUGGGGCACUUUGAAACAAAAUGGAGGGCAACCCGCAAAGCUUCAAGUAGUUCGCGUUCCCAUAAUUCAACAAGAAACCUGUCAAAGAUAUUAUCCAAAGGCAAUACACGGGUCUAUGGUGUGUGCAGGAUUUUCAGAGGGAGGCAAGGACUCCUGCCAAGGAGACAGUGGCGGUCCAAUGGUCUGCAAGGGUACCGAUGGCAGGUAUAGUUUACAUGGCGUUACCAGCUGGGGCUCUGGCUGCGCACAGCCGAGAAAGCCUGGUGUUUAUGCUAGGGUUUCGUUCCUCCUCAAAUGGAUUAAGGACAAUAUUAAUAAUAACUGAGGAUCGAAAAGGGAAAUAACACAUAAAUGAUUUCCAAUAAUCUAAUGUAGUAGAUUAUAAGCCUCAUUACUUACUUCUGUUUAUGAAUGAAGAGGAAAAUGCUCAAAAGGCCAGCAUAUGGAUAUCAAAGGGCUAAUACUAUUAGAGUAGAAUGCUAUAACCUCCAUAGUCCUUUGUGAGGCAAUAGAAAGUAACAGCUGAAAGUUUUGAGACUUAUGUAAGGUGUUAAAAGUGAAUCAGUUAAUCAAUUAAAGCAUUGAAAAUGA